GCGACACAGACACGACUCCUACCCCGGCUGCACACAACCCACUGCGCCCAGGCCUUGCACCAAAACUCUUUCAUAAGGCCGCGAGCAGCGUAAGGCUCAAAGACUCGAACAAGAAUACACUCCACCCGCAACAGCUAGAGCUGCAACCGCCUGUUCUACGGCGGCGGUGGGUCUAUUUACUCAGGACAGUUUCAUGGCAGAAUUUGGGGCUGACGUACCGGAUGAGGGGAAAGGACCACCGCCGGCGACAGCAGCAAGCGGGGGCGGGGGCAGGGAGGAGGAUUCGUACCCCCUUACCGUCAUUUAUUGCGGAGUUUGUGGGCUACCUCCCGAGUACUGCGAGUACGGCUCUACCGGGGAAGCCUGCAGAGCGUGGGCGGAGGCGAACUGUCCAGAGGUGUUGGCCAUCGAAGAGGGGAUAGCGGGACUUGAGGUUCAAGGAGAUGAAGGGGGGGAGGCGGCGGGGGGGGCGCAGAGGGCUGCGGGGGGAGAGGAAGAGCCAAAGAAGAAGGGCAAGAAGGUAAGGAUAGCAAAACCUGGCGGCAAGAAGGCGGCCGGAGGGGAGCAACGAGUCGUCAUCGGGCGCCUAUCCCGAAACCGCCGCAAGUUUGUAACCGUCGUUGGGGGUCUCGACACCUUCCCAGACGUCAAGAUCAAAGACGCGGCAAAAAAGAUCGGCAAGCAGUUCGCGUGUGGAUCCUCCGUGAGCAAGGCACCCUCCGGGGCGGAGGAGGUGGUGAUCCAGGGGGACGUGCUCAUGGACUUGCCUGGCUUCCUCGAGACCACUCUCAACAUCCCAGCGGCCAAGAUCAGCGUCCUCUCGACAUCAUAGUUCAGGAGAAAUACCCGCCGUUUCCCGCACGUACGGGCAUGUGCUUGCUUGGUUGUACAAGUGUCUGCGCCUGCCAGGGAAGUCGAGAAAUAGUUGGUAGUGUAGGAAGCCGUGAAAUGUGGCCGCUUCUAGCCAUCUAUCCCGUUGCAAAUUUUUCACUAGGCGUCGGCCGCGCCACACAAAUGUCCAUGGAUCUGUGUCCCUGUAUUAGUACGGGUCUCUGUUGUAGUGUCGUGCAGAUCCCUACAGAGUCUUGCGUUUCAACCAGGCAUUCAGUGUGCGUUCACGGUCAGCUCCUACUCAUGAAUCGGUUGACCUGCGAAGUCUGCAAUCGAUCGCCCGAGGUUUUGCAACCAUUGAACUCUUGUUUAGACUCACUCGUCAAACGCGUACAACGGUGUGAACUGGCUUCUUCUACGCGACGUGCGGGUGCGUGGAACUGUAAGCUACCAAGUGGCUCAUCCUGCUGCUCUGCUGCUGGCGUGCUCAGCCGGCGACCUGACAAAUGAACAGUGGCCCUUGAGAUCGCAGUAUGCGCAAACAAGUACAAACUCAUUUACAGACGGUGUCGACCUGGUGAGGUGAAACCGUUCUACUGGG